AUGGAAGGGCUGUGUCUGGAUCAGAUUGUUGCUGCAGGGGCUCAGUCCCUCCCUUCAAUUAGCUCCUGCCCAUCUUCCAGCUCAGAACAGAAGGGCACCUCCAUGCUGCUCCAGGGAGCUACAGCUGCCUCUCCUCCUGGGGACUCCACUGGUCGGAGCUCAGUGCCCCCCCUGCAGCUGCUGGUGACAGAGCUAGCUGAGCAGCGGGCCUUGGGCUUUGGCUCUGAGCUCUGCAGGAAAGGCCCCGGGGCGCCUCCUGAGAUAGGCCCAAACUUUCAGGUGGGGGCCCCCCACCCCCUUUGUGGCCAGGGGCUGGAGAGGGUCUUCCUCCGGGGUGCUGCCCCCUUCUUCCUUGUCCUGCCUUGCAUGGGACCCGGGGAAUGCUGCCAGCUGGCCCCCCCUGACCCUCCUGACCCAUGCAUGAGGUCACAAUGGGGGCCUCCUGGCUGUGUUACGCCUGGGAGGCUGCCCCUUCUUAGCUCAGCUGUCCCAGAGAGCCAUAGCCAGUCUGCCCUCCCCGCAGAGAGUAUCCUGGCCCUCCUCCAGCAGCCCCCUCCACCCCCACCCCAGAGCCCUGAUCUUCAGGCGCACCGAGACUCCCUGAGCCCAAUGAAACCCCGGAAACCCUCACCAGUUGUUCUGCCCGGAGAGCUCCACCUGCCGGAAGGGGAAGUGGAAGCGGAACUGUCCUUCCCGCUGUGCUUCCCCAAGCCUGGCCCGCUGCAGAGAGCCAUGGCGGAGGGCAACUACCCGCCCCUACCCGCCCCUCGGGCCCCUCACGGCCAUGUUUGAGAGCGACUUUGUCCAGGUGACCCCAGGCAGGCCGAUGGGCCAGGCUGGGGAGGAGGGCUGGGAGGC